CAGCACCUGACGCCUCGGAAAACAGGAAAAGCGUUUCAGCGCGGAUUGGUCGGAACCUUUUGAGGGAGGAGCGCCGGCGGACUUAAAUAACCCCCGGCCGCCGGCGUCCCAACCUCACCGGGUGGAGAAACGAGUCCAUCAUGUCGUACUACGAGCAUUUCCUCUUAGAUUACGAAUACAACGACAGCAGUUCUGGCUCGGGUUCCGGCGACGUCGGGGCGGAUCUGGAGGAGCCCUGCCAGGUGGAGCACGUGAUGACCUCGGACUUCCAGCAGGUCUUUUUACCCGUGGUCUACGCCCUCAUCUUCCUCCUGGGCAUCACCGGCAACGCUUUGGUGGUCUUCGUGUUGGGCUGCCAGCGUAGGUCCAAAUCCAGCCUCACCGACCGCUACCGACUGCACCUGUCGGCCGCCGAUCUCCUCUUUGUCCUGGCGCUUCCGUUCUGGGCGGCGGACGCGGCGCUGGCCGACUGGCGCUUCGGCGCGGUCGCCUGCGUCGGCGUGCACGUCAUCUACACGGUCAACUUGUACGGCAGCGUGCUCAUCUUGGCCUUCAUCAGUCUGGACCGCUACCUGGCGGUGGUCCGAGCCACGGACACCAACGCGGGGGGCCUGAGGCAGAUGCUGGCGCACCGACUGGUCUACGCGGGCGCCUGGUUGCCCGCCGGCUUGCUGGCCGUUCCCGACUUGAUCUUUGCCCGAACUCAAGAAGGAGGCGAUGGAAGCACCCUGUGCCAGAGGUUUUACCCGGCGGAAAAGGCUCCUCUCUGGGUGGCGGUCUUUCACCUGCAGCUGGUCCUGGUGGGCCUGCUGAUCCCGGGCCUGGUGCUCCUAGUGUGCUACUGCGUCAUCGUCACCAGGCUGACCCGGGGACCCCUCGGGGGCCAAAGGCAGAAGCGGCGAGCGGUGCGGACCACCGUCGCCCUGGUGCUCUGCUUCUUCGUGUGCUGGCUUCCCUACGGCGCCGGCAUCUCCGCGGACGCCUUGCUGCGUUUGGAGGUUCUGCCCCGCGGCUGCCGCCUGGAGGCCGUUUUGGGGGUGUGGCUGGCGGUGGCCGAGCCCUUGGCGUUCGCGCACUGCUGCUUGAACCCGCUGCUGUACGCUUUCCUGGGGGCGGGGUUCAAAAAUUCCGCCCGCAGAGCCUUGACCUUGAGCCGGGUCUCCAGUUUGAAGGUUUUACCCCGACGGCGCAACGGGGCCUCCACAACCACGGAGUCCGAGUCGUCCAGUUUGCAUUCUAGCUAGGGCUAACUUAUCCUGUGUGUGUGUGUGUGUGGGCGUGUGUGUGUGUGUAACAGAAAUAAUCGGAGAAUUUAAUGAUCAGUCUGCUGGCAGUCUUCUCUCAAUUCUCAUGUAAAUAUUUUUUUCACGGAUUUCUUGUGGGUGCUGCUGUGUUUUCCCUGUGCUGGAACGGUGGAUAAUAAACAUGGAGAAAAA